AUGGCUCCCACCCCGCUUCCCGAGGCCACGAUCGAACUCGACUACCCCCUCUACGCUCUCGACUUUGACCCCCAGGAUGCGACUCGGAUAGUAGUUGGUGGAGGAGGAGGAGCGGGAAGGUCAGGAGUUGGGAACAAGAUUACAAUCCUAGAGACAUCGAGCUCGACAUCGACACCGACGCGGACGGAACUCAGGAAGGCGGGCGAGCUCCAGCUGUCCCGCGACGAAGACAGCGUCAUGUCCGUCGCGUUCGGCCCGCACGAGGGCCGCACGACGAGCGUGUACGCCGGGGUCAACUCCGGGCCGGAGUCGGUGGCCAGGGGGGUGAACGAGCACCUGCGCAUCCUGAGGGUAGAGCCGCAGUCCAAGAGCGUGGCGGCCCUGGGCGGCAACAGCGAGGCGACGUCGCCGGUCAGGAUAUCCGAGGUGUCGCGCACGGCCAUGUUCGCCCACCCGGACGAGGACACGUACCAGCGCGUGCUGCGGGUGGCGGGCCGCAUGGGUGCGGCGAGCACGGCCAUGGGCAAGAAACCGCAGCUGGUGGUGUUUGAGACGGCGUCGUCGUCGUCGUCGUCGUCGUCGUCAUCCGAGCCGACGGUGAGGAAGCUGGUGGAGCUGCCGCGCGAGGUGGAGGACCUAGACAUCAUACAGACGGGCCCGGACCGAUUCCAGGUAGCCUUCUGCUACAAGUACGAGCUGCACGUCAUCGACGUCGGCGAGGAUGGGGCGGACACGGCUACGGCCGACCCGGAGCCGGAGCUGGUGUACACGAUGCCCAGCGACGUGCCUGAGCGGCCGGCCUUCCGGUCCCUACGAUACCUGAGCCCCCAGUUUGUUCUGGCGGCGUCGAACCUGCCCCGGCGGAGGGGCGUGGUGCUCCAGGCGCUGCGGCUGCCGUCGCCGCGCAACAAGGGGACGCGGCUGGCGGCCACGGCCAAGGUGUCGCGCGCCAUCAGCGUCACGGCCAUGGCGGUCACCAACCUGAGCCCGCCCGCCGACCCCCUGCACCCCCUGGGCGACACGCAGUUCGCCAUCGCCGUGGCGGGCAACGACUCGUCCCUGUCGCUGUACACGCUCGAGCACAAGAUGGCGGACGACCUCACGCUCCUGGCGGACCUGCACCCCACGCGCACCAUCAAGGAGACGCACCACGGCGGCAACAUCACCGCCCUGGCCUUCUCCACCUUCUCCACGCCCAAGACGCACCUGCGCCCGCAGUACAUCAAGCUGGCCAGCACCUCGCUGCAGAGGUCGGUGGCCUCAAAGGGUCCGUCGUCCAUACGUCUGAUCCUGGUCAUGGCUGCCGUGGCGCUCAUCCUCGCCGCGCUGGGACAGGCGACGCUGGAGAUGCUGGGGAAGAGCGAACCGGUCGUCCACGUACACAGGGUCCUGCCAUCGUGGUACAAGGUCCCCGGGGCCAAGGUGGCCAACGGUAGCAUCGCCGAGGAUGACUUUGCGGCCAAGCUGCUCGGUGACGGGGUGACGGGUGGUGAGGGCAGGGCCGUCGUCGUCGCCCUCAAGACACGGAAGAAGGAUGAGCAGGAUGGUGAGCGGGAUGGCGGUGACGAUAUCAGGGUGGACGUCCAUCAGCCAGAGGUUCAUGGACUGACCAGGUCGUGGGGUGAUCUGGAUGAGGAGCAGAGGGAACGGUGGCGGGUGGCAUUGAGCGAGGCGGGGCUGUGGAGGAGGGAUAUGGGUGAGGGCGUGCUUGGGAGUAUCAUGUUUGGGGUGGAAGAGUCGGAAGACGAUUCAGAGGGCAGGACCGAUGUCAAGGAUGAGCUCUGA